AUGGCUACAGCCACCAAUGAGAUCCUCAAGGGAAACAAAGAUCUCCAUAACAGUUGGGGAUUGAAACCCCAGAAGUGGGAGAGUGCCAAAGACCUUGCUGGCUCAGGCAUCCCAUGUCGAAUCGAAGGCGAAGUGAAGGACAUGAUGGUCUUCGGCGAAAUUCCACCAGAAAUCAAUGGCACGUUCUACCGGGUAAUGACAGACCCGUUCGUCCCGCCUCACGUCGGAACCACACCAAUUGAUGGUGACGGCCAUAUCUCAGCCUUCCGAUUUCAUAACGGCCAAGUCGAUUUGAAAAUGCGCUACAUCGAGACCGAGAGAUACUUGCUCGAACGCAAAGCCAACAAAUCUUUGUUCGGUCUGUAUCGGAAUCCUUAUACUCACCAUCCCUGCGUUCGAGCGGCAGUUGACUCCACGGCUAACACUAAUAUCAUUUCAUGGGCCGGGAAGUUCCUGGCACUCAAGGAGGUGGGCUUGCCCUAUGAAGUGGAUCCAGACACUUUGGAAACGCUAGGGUAUGACCCUUUCGCCGGCCAAAUCUUAUCCAAAACCUUUACGGCUCACCUAAAGGUUGUGUCACGAGCCCACCGUUGUCCCUAA